AUGUCCGCACGGCAAGCAGCGAGCUCAGGAUCGGACAGCGAUCCGCGAAAUGCGAAUGUCGAUGAGAGAAAAAGGAAGAGGAUGAUAUCCAACAGGGAAUCCGCGAGGCGGUCGAGGAUGAGGAAGCAGAAACAAAUGGAAGAUUUGGUCAAUGAAGUGAGCAAACUGCAGAACGAGAACAAUCACUUGAUGCAGGGUAUCGAUGUUGCCCAACAACGCUACAUGGAGAUAGAAUCAGCCAACAAUGUGUUGAGGGCUCAGGCUGUGGAAUUGACUGAGAGGCUGCGGUCGUUGAACUCUGUGCUGCAGAUUGUGGAGGAUGUUAGUGGACUCGCCAUGGAGAUACCAGAAAUACCUGAUCCUUUGUUGAAGCCGUGGCUACUCCCGUGUUCAGUACAGCCUGUUAUGGCAUCUGCUGAUAUGUUUCAGUAUUAA